CUGAGUAAUAAAUAGCAUUUAUAGAGAACGUGGGUGGGAAUACAUUUUGUGUUCUGACGUGUGGUUCUCAUCAGCGUAGAGAAUAGAUGCACAAUAUAAGAGAGUUGGUCCUUAACACAUUUGGUGUGAUUCUAGCACAUACAGUCAUCAGGAGGACAUGUGUGGCUCUUCACUAGCUUUACGCGUGCUGUGCCUGCUGUCGCUCACCUGCGCAUGCUACAUCCAGAACUGCCCGCGAGGAGGAAAGCGGGCCUCCGCUGAGCCAGCUACCAGACAGUGCAUGGCUUGUGGUCCCAGGGACAGUGGCCGCUGCUUUGGUCCUAAUAUUUGCUGUGCAGCUGGUUUAGGCUGCUCUGUGGGCUCUCCUGAAGCACUGAGCUGCACUGAGGAGGACUACAUUCCCAUUCCAUGUGAGAAUGGAGGACGAGCAUGUGGAUCUAAGAGGGGACGCUGUGCUGCUCCAGGUGUCUGCUGUAACUCAGAGAGUUGUGUUCUGGAUUCUGGCUGUUCAGAAGAUGGCAGGCAUAACCCUCAUGCAGAAGGCAGCACUGUAUUGAGCAGUAUUUCAACAGGAGAGAUGCUUUUGCAUCUCCUCAGCCUGGCUACUGUGAAACAGAGAGAAGUCCAACAGUUCAGAGACACUUGAUUAUUGACUAACAUACAAAAAAUGUAACAAAAAACCUCCUCUGAGAUAUUUCAGUGUGUAUUACGCAACCAUUUAUUAUGAUGAGGUGUAGUUCAAAACAGUAAUUCAAUACUGUAUUUUAAUAUGUAGUUAAUAAAUAUUUAUUGU